CCUUGGCUCGUCUGGACGGCCUGAAUGAUGGGUUUCUGUUGCAGCUAAAUAACGACCCUGGACCCCUCCACAUUACACUGGUUCUGGCAUCACCGAUUUUACCUACUUACAAGGCCCCAUGGUCCAAAGAUCCCCAUCCCUUCCCUUCCAUCGAUCCCCGCAGAGCCAACGAGCCUUGAAAUUCAGUCCGUACUGCCCUUUGUUUACAUGCCAUAUCCCUCCCCCCCAGCCAAACUACCCCCGCCGUUUUUCUCUCCUACCAUUCGAUUCGCGUGGGACUUGGGUCUAAUUACCUUGCCCUCAGAUUGCAGUUUCCGGGGAUUGAACCACAAAUCAGAAGUAGUAAAAAGAAGGUUACUCGAUCUCGUUGUACUCGAGGUCAGUCAUGACCGGCAUGGUUCAGACUGACCUAGCUCAUCCCACGGCGCCCAAGUACAAGGACGAGCCAGUUGACGACACGAUCCGACACUCUGGGCACCCUGGCCCACACCAUCUUCAAUUGCAGCAUCCUCGAUCAGCAACCUUACUUCCACACCAGAAGCCUAGUUCUCCACAUCAGUCGACUACGACAAUCCCCCCUAAUCCGUACGGACCGUCACACACAGUAGGCAACGGCGUCUUGCACAGCCAGUCUUCCUACGGACAGGCACCCCAGGACCCUUACUAUACUUCUCACCAGCCGUACACGACGGCCAGUACGCCAUCGCAAUACCCUUCAAGCGGCCCUCCGGAAAUCAUGGCGACCACCACCCAAAUGCCGAGGCCAUAUCCGCCCAUUUACCAUACCCCCCAGUCCAGCUCCCCUGCGUCGGUGGCCUCCCAGACGCAUGAACAACAUAAUCGCAAUAUCUACACGCAAUCCCCUCAGAUGCCAUCCGGCAUGUAUGGAUAUCAGCAUUAUUCAACCGUGAACCCUGUACAGCCCUCGCCGUAUCCGACGCACCCUUCCCCUCAGCAUUCCCUGACCUCGCAGCCAUUGAUGAUAGCCCACUCGACCGGGUCGCAGUUGCAGCAUCAGUCUUCUCAGGCCCCGCCAGGCUCGAUGAGCAGCCCGAAUACGGCCACAGCUCAGCAGCCGACUCCGCCCCAAAGGGCUAUCCUGCAUCCUCCGUUGCCCGCGGCGACGGGCGGACCCCUGUCUGCGGGGAGCGCGCACCAUCCCAGCUCGAAUGUCGGCGCCAGUUCAAGCGCCGCACCCGGUCCCAUCCCGGCCACGACACCCCUUGUCGUCCGGCAGGAUAACAACGGCGUCCAGUGGAUUGCCUUUGAAUACUCCCGCGAUCGGGUCAAGAUGGAAUACACUAUCCGGUGCGACGUUGAGUCCGUCAAUGUGGAUAACCUCAACCAAGAAUUCAAGACGGAAAACUGUGUCUAUCCUCGCGCCUGUUGCAGCAAGGACCAAUACCGGGGAAACCGGUUGGUCUACGAGACCGAGUGUAACGCGGUGGGCUGGGCUCUUGCGGAUCUCAACCCGGCACUGAGGGGAAAGCGUGGCCUGAUCCAACGAGCAGUCGAUAGCUGGAGGAACAGCAACCAAGACCCCCGCCUCCGCAGCAGGCGUGUGAGACGGAUGGCGAAAAUGACCCGACGACAGGGAAUGCCACAAAGCUCGUCCCACAUGGCCAGCGCAUCACCCGUCACCCCGAGUGUACCGGGCGUCAAUCUGACGGCUGCCCCUGGUUCUCGCCCGAGCCUUGGUCCUCUGACCAUGGGACCUCCGCAACUGCAUCAUCACCACGCCCAACCCGAAGGACAUCCGAAUGAGGAAGUAAGCGGUGCCGACUUGACGAAUGGUGCCAAUCGCCCCGCAACAAUGGACAACCACGGGCCGGGACCCUCGCCCACCGACAUCCGCACCGCGCAGGUGUUCCACGGCUACCCCGGAUUCCCGCCCUCGUCAGCAAUGGCCGGAGAGGCACGCGGCCCAUCUAUUCCACCUCUCAUGCGCGAUUCUGGAAUCGGCAGCCUAGGCCGGCAUCCAGCCGUGGCGACCUCGAGCAAAGCCGGCGAGAUGAUGAACAUCGACGAGGAGGGGGACGACGACGAACGCAAUCCCACCGAGGACGCUCUAUUCGGCACCCUUCCGGACGGCAAGCGGCGGAAAUUCAUCCUGGUCGAAGACCCCCAGCGCGGCGGCCGUGUCCGCGUCAAGGUUAUGCUGGACCAGGUCGACAUGAAUGAGAUCCCCGACUCGUACCGCAUGUCCAAUUCGGUCUACCCCCGGUCAUACUUCCCCGUGCAGAUGAAGAACCCGCGUGGCCGCGUUGUUCCGGGAAAACGGUAUCUUAAGGACGACACCAUGACUGACGAUGAUGAGACCGCGACGGUGGGGCGCAUCAUGGCACCUGCCCCGCAGCUUGACGGCGAGGGCGAGAUCGCGGUGCCUCGAUUGACUCGUAGGCGACACCGUCAGGAUGUAAUGCUUAACGACUUGGGUUACCGAAUGAGUUGGAGCCAGAGCCGGGUGUUUGCUGGCCGACCGUUGUUUCUGCAGCGAUCUCUUGAUGCAUACCGGAACAAGAUGCGCAGCACGAUGCUAGGAGCCGGCCAGGAGCCGACCUCCAUCCCGCGCCACUUUGAGACUCGGGCGGGGAAGCGCCGAUUCCUGGAGCACAGGAGACGACCAAUGGCGCCCUCGGGCCGCGGCGGCAUGCAGUCGCUGUCUGCUGCGCAGCGCAGCGCCGAGGAAGUGGAAGCUUGAGGUGGGGGGAGUUGAUCUAUCAUAUCACUUUGGGGAUGAUGCAUCGUUGGCUAGCCCUACGUCGUCAUCCCACCCCACCUUUUCUUU